UAGUGGGGGUUGCAAGUACAACCAAGAGCCCAAGUGGAAUAUAGAGUAGUUUUAUGCAAGAUGUGCACCUUUAUCUGUCAUAUCUAAAUCCCAAGUUUCCCAUCCGGGGCUCCUUUUAAGUUGUUUUCUGGGCGCCACUCCCCUAUCUGACGUCCCUCUGUGCUGUGGGGGCACGGAAGUUAGCAGACGGCGGUCACUGGGUGAGGGGGCCCCCACUAAGGAAGGCGGCAGAGUCACCCAAGACACCACACAAGGAGGGAGAGGGACUUCGAGUGACGGCGGGAGAGGAGGUCGUGGGGCUUGGGACAGCCAGUGGAUUUACUGCGUCAUUGUUUAACUGGCAAGGGAAGCAAAAUGAUGCUUUUUUCUGGCAGCUCCGGAGGGUCCAGCUUGAUUGAGAUGAGCCCAUCAGGCUCUGAUGGUGUGCCUGGCUACAACACAGAACCCUUCCAACGAGAACCAGGGAUUAACAAACAAGAGCAGAGCAAAGACUCAAUAUACUUUCGUGAUGGAGUACGCAGGAUUGAUUUCGUCUUGUCUUACACUGAAGAUGAAAAGAAAACGGACAAGAGGGAGGUUUUCCAGGCCAACCUCCUGAAACUUGGCUUGGAGCUGGAGGUGGAAGAUAAAUCUGAAGCACAGGAUGGAUUGACUUAUUUUGUGAAGAUCCACGCCCCAUGGGAAGUGUUGACCACCUACGCAGAUUUGUUGAAGAUCAAGGUCCCUUUCAAGGCCAUUGACAUCCCAACCAAAAAUGAGUGGAGAUGGCUGGUCAACCCUUUUCGUCUUCCGAAGCAUAUCAUGCAUCCUGACCCCGACUUCUACACUGCUUCCUUUGACAAGAGCAAGUCUGACUUCUACCUCGUUGAUGACAGAGACACGUUCUUUAAUCCUUCCACACGCAACAGGAUAGUGUACUACAUCCUCUCUCGAUGUUCUUAUGUGAUGGAUGAAAGUGAGAAAGACAAAAGGGGUAUCAAGAGGCUGCUUAACAACGGCACAUACACUGGUGCCUUCCCAUUACACGAUUGCAGAUACUGGACAAAAUCUCACGAUCCUGAUUGCGAAAGCCAAAGAUAUGCACUCUACACACACUGGGCCGGAUUCUUGUGUUUCUUCAAAGAGCAACCCCUCAACCUCAUCAGGAAGUACUAUGGUGAGAAGAUUGGCAUUUAUUUUGCCUGGCUGGGGUUCUACACUGAGAUGUUAUUCAUCGCUGCAUUUGUGGGAACAUUGUGUUUCUUGUACGGAUUUUCCACAAUUGAGAAGAAUGAGUGGAGAAAGGAAAUCUGCAAUGAGGGAAUCGGAGGUGAGAUGGUGAUGUGUCCGCUGUGUGAUGAAAAAUGUACUUACUGGAAGCUCAACGUUACCUGCACCUCCACAUGGCAAGCGCACCUGUUUGACAAUCCCGCAACUGUGUUUUUUGCCAUAUUCAUGGGGAUUUGGGUGACAUUGUUCUUGGAAUUUUGGAAGCGGCGUCAGUCCCGUCUAGAGUACGAGUGGGAUCUAGUGGACUUUGAGGAAGCGCAACAACAACAGCAGCUGCGUCCGGAGUAUGAGAACCACUGCACCUUGCGCCAGAUUAAUCUCGUCACUCAGGAAAUGGAGCCUUACUUACCCAUAACAAGUAAGCUUGCACGUACAAUUGUGUCUGGAGUCACUAUCCUGUUCUGGCUCGCUCUAGUUACUGGCUGCAUCAUUGGAGUGAUUGCGUACCGUCUGGCAGUAUACGCCGCCUUUGCCAGUAUCAUGAAAGAUACAAAUGUUGAUGGUACCAUCGUGACCCCACAGCUGGCGACAUCUGUCACUGCCUCCUGCAUCAACUUUAUAAUCAUCAUGGUCCUCAACAUGAUGUAUGAAAAAGUGGCUGUUUGGAUGACUGACCUUGAAAUCCCAAAGACCCACAUGGAGUAUGAGAACAAGCUGACGUUUAAGAUGUUCCUCUUCCAGUUUGUCAACUACUACUCCUCAUGCUUCUAUGUGGCUUUUUUUAAGGGCAAAUUUGUAGGCUAUCCUGGAGACUAUGUUUACAUGUUUGGUCAAGGGAGAAAACUCCGGAAUGAAGAGUGUGAGCCUGGUGGCUGUUUGAUGGAGUUAACUACCCAGCUGUUUGUAGUGAUGACUGGUAAACAAGUGUGGGGCAACAUCCAGGAGUCUCUGGUCCCGUGGUUAAAGAAUUGGUGGAGCAGCAGAAGAGCCAAAAAACACCCAGAGAGUUUGUACACACGCUGGGAGCAAGAUUUUGACCUGCAGGUCUUUGAACAACUGGGACUCUUUGAAGAGUAUCUUGAAAUGGUGAUCCAGUUUGGUUUCAUCACUCUGUUUGUGGCCUCCUUUCCUCUGGCCCCCCUGCUGGCACUUUUGAACAACAUCAUUGAGAUUAGAGUGGAUGCCUGGAAGCUCACCACUCAGUUCAGACGCCCCGUGGCAGCCAAGGUUCACAGUAUUGGCGCUUGGGACGAAAUCCUCUGUGGGAUUGCCAUCCUCUCUGUUGUUAGCAAUGCAUUCAUUAUGGCCUUCACCUCUGACAUGAUCCCACGAAUGGUAUACAUGUAUAGCUACUCUGAUGAUAUGAGUUUGAAAGGCUAUGUCAAUCACAGCUUGUCUGUCUUCAAAAUUGCAAACUUUAAACAACAAAACAUGCCCGACAGCAGUUUGAACCCCAUAUGGUUUACAAACAUCGAUAGCUGCAGGUAUCAGGACUACCGAUACCCUCCUGGCCAUGAGAAGGAGUAUCAGCAUACAUUACAUUUCUGGCAUAUUUUGGCAGCCAAAAUGGCUUUCAUUAUAGUCAUGGAGCAUAUCGUCUUCUCGGUCAAGUUCAUUGUGGCCUGGCUGAUUCCCGACGUGCCCGCCGAUGUGAAGAUUCGAGUGAAGAGGGAGCGCUACCUGGUCCAGGAGUACCUCCACAGCUACGAAGUGGAGAAGCUGAGGAAGCAACUCGGCCAAACUGAUAACACCCUCUAGCCCGCAGGCUCCCUGCCCCGACAUGAGGUGCUGUCAGGGUGUUUCUAGCCCAGUUACUCACUCAGCUAGAUACUAGGUCAUUGAUGAUUAGUUUACAGCUUAUAAAAACCCGCCAAAUUCAGUUGCUCAUAAAAUUUGAAAAAUUGUCAAUAAGUUCAAUGUUGUGGUUUAUGGUAUUGCUUCACACUUUAAUUUGACUUUGCCUUAAUCGAACUCCUGAAAUCAAAUACAUUUUGCACCAUAUUCAGAUUUAUUGAGACGCCUUAGUGUAAUGGGGGAGCAUGUGCCUGUUUUUUUCUAUGUUGAUUCUCGUUUUUUUGUUGUAUGCCGCGUGUCAUGAAUGGCACACACAGCCUUUAUGAAGGAGCAUCCAGGUCCUGCUUUCAGUAUCCUGAAACCUACAACACUUGAAUAUAACCUUUUUAGCAUUAAUGGCUGUUUAUUCUAUGCUGUAAUUGUAGGGUUGACAAUCAUAUUGUGCUGUAAGGAAGAAAAUGCAGUUCAGGACUAUUUAUUUUGAGCAGAUGCCUUUAUUUAUAUCUCAAAUGUAGUUUGAUAUAUCUGUUUUCUCUGUCAUGUGUGGUUUGUAUGAAUGACUCCAGUGUAAAAAUCACCAAAUGUUGCCAGUUUUUCUAUUUUAUUACAUCGUUUUCACCCUGUUCUCAUCUGGAUGCAACUAAUCUGGCACAGUGUGGAUGCAAUUUUUCUUUUCAACUCGCCAAAGAAAAAAAAAUCACAGCAAUGUUUCUGUAUGAAUAGGACAAAUUAAAAGUUGCACGCCCUUUUACUUUUACUGCUUCUCAACUUAGACAAACAUUACACUUCAGCCAUUACCCUCACCUGUGUAUGUACAGGGAAGGAAAUAUUAAUGCUUUUUAAAUUAUUUUUGAAUGCGCACAACGCACUUGAUGAAAACCGAGUCUGAAGCAUGCCGGUCUUGCUGUUGUCAUGACAACAUAGCAUCCACGCAAGUGUUUUGUAGCAGCAAUGUGACAAGUUCAUGUUGUUUUACUUAUGAAAGGUAUUUAAUUUUAUAAAGCUAUGUAUACAUAAUAUUACAAUUUUAAGUCUUAUUUUUUGUUUGCUGGUAACAUAUUAUCUGCCUGUUUCUUUUUAUAUUACCAAUUACCUAUUUUCUGUUUUUCUAAUUUAGUCAUUUGGUUUUGUAUUUUUCCAUCACUUCCUAAAUCUAAGACAAUAAAGUUUGGUUC